AUGCUGUCCCUCCGGGGAACAGCUCGGCUUUAUCGCUGUCCGCUGCAGCUACUGCGGGGGCCGGUGUUAGCACAGACGGAUGCAGGAGCGGUAGAGGCAGACAGGCUUACAGCAGCUUCAGCCCUUGUACGGCGGGCUUGGGACGGAGCUGCGAACGGGUCACUCGUCGAGCCGCUGCAGCAAGGCUCACGCUGCCGCCAGAGCAGGGGUCCGCGUCGCUGCCCCUCCGAGCCGCUUCCAAGCUGCAGCGACAGCUCGAGGUGAGAGAGGCGGGGAAGGCGGCGCUGCUCCCGCCCGGGCCCUUCCCCCGGGCCCUUUCCCCGCCCCGUGACGGCACCGCCGGGGGCGGGGUCGGCGCCGCUUCCGUGGCACGGCCCGGGCAUGGGGGGCGCCGGGCCGGGGUGGGGACCCGCGGGCCUGUGGGUGACGCUGGCGCUGGCCUGGAGCGCGGCGGCCGCGGAGGGCCCGGCCGAGCCGUGCGGGGCCGAUGGGUGGGCGCAGGACGCCGUCCCGCCGGGCGCGGCCUUCGUCGCCGCCGCGUCGUACCGCGGGCCCGGCAACAACGACACGCGGAGCAACAAGGCGCUGCCCAUCCUGCUGUGGUGGAGCGGGAGCCUCUUCCCGCACUUCCCCGGCGACACGGAGCGCAUCGACUGCCCCCGCGGCUCCUGCCUCGUCACCCGGAGCCGGCAGGUGGCCCGGCACCGCCGCACCAAGGCGCUCAUCUUCUACGGCACCGAUUUCAGAGCUUACGAGGCGCCGCUGCCCCGCCUGCCCCACCAGACCUGGGCGCUCUUCCACGAGGAGUCCCCCAUGAACAACUACGUGCUCUCGCACUCGCCCGGCAUCCGGCUCUUCAACUACACGGCCACCUUCCGCCGGGAGUCCGACUACCCGCUCACGCUGCAGUGGCUGCCCGGCACCGGGUACCUGCGGGCCCCGGCCGUGCCCCUGGCCGAGAAGGACGCGUGGCGGAGGAAGGGCUACGGCCCGGUGCUGUACAUGCAGUCCCACUGCGAUGUGCCCUCGGACAGGGACCGCUACGUGCGGGAGCUCAUGAAGUACAUCCAGGUUGACUCCUAUGGGAAAUGCCUGCAUAACCGUGAGCUCCCCAGCGAGCGACUGAGAGACACUUCUACAGCCACUACGGAAGACUCUGAGUUUAUGACUUUUAUUGCCAGGUACAAGUUUCAUCUGGCCUUGGAGAAUGCCAUAUGUGACGACUACAUGACAGAGAAGCUGUGGCGUCCCAUGCACUUGGGUGCUGUCCCAGUGUACCGAGGCUCCCCAGCUGUGCGGGACUGGAUGCCAAACAACCUCUCCAUCAUUCUUAUUGAUGAUUUUGACAGCCCCCGAGAGCUGGCAAAGUAUCUUGAUUUUCUGGACAAAAAUGGAGAGGAAUAUUUGAAGUAUCUAGAGUAUAAAAACGUUGAUGGAAUCAAAAACCAGUUCUUGCUAGAGGGCUUGGAGAAACGGGAGUGGGGUGUGAAUGACAUGACUCUGCCCAAUUACCUGAAUGGCUUCGAGUGUUUCAUCUGUGACAAGGAGAACACCCGGGUCAAAGAGGAGCAGGAGCACAAGAAGUCUCGUGGAAAAAUUCCAGCUCCCAGACCUCAUAUAGCUCAGUUCAAGCACAUGGGAUGUCCUAUGCCAACCCCUGGGUUUGGAAGUAUUGAAGACCUCUCUGAGGGAGAUAGUUGGAAAGAAAUGUGGCUACAGGAUUAUUGGCAAAGCCUUGAUCAGGGUGAGGCCCUCACUGCUAUGAUUCAUCGCAAUGAGUCUCACCAGGGAAGAUUUUGGGACUACAUGCAUGAGAUUUUUCUCAAGAGGACAAGGCAACACUGACCCAUCUUUGUAAGAGCUUGAUUUGAAAAUUGCAUUGAAAGUUGAGACUGUGAAUUCUUACCUCACUUCAGAUGUUUGCCUUGAAAAAAAACAAAGCCAAAAAACCUCUCACAGAGACAGUUUUUUCUGGUGCAUGAAGUAAGUUUCUGCUAUAAUUGGAUUUUGGCAGUGGAAAUGUUAGCAACUGCUUUGAGUUUCAGCUCUGUGGUGUGAAGCCACUCCUGACUUGCAGGUGUCAACAUGUGGGGCAAAAGAGGAAUUUACUUUCCUUUUGCAUUUGCUAUGCUUAUAUUGUGUCUUACAUGACUUUCAGGGAUUUUUUAAGUCUUCAGAAUAUUAGUUGUUUUUUAAAGUAUUUUAUCAAUCACAUAUUCUUUUCAUUAAGAUGUACUUUUAGCUGCUAUUAACAAAUGGCUUUUCCGGUGAAGCAAUUACAAAAGACACAUCUUUGAAGAGCAAUUGUGCCUUAUGAAAUUGCUGCAAUAAAGUUUCUUCUCCCCAAGUAACAUGCCUCAGAUACUCCUCCUUUCCAAGGUAACUGAAUAACCAUGGGCAGGUCUCUUAACUCUGCCCAGUUUUCCUCUUCGGAUGGCUUAGCAGAUCAUAUGUACAAUGGGAUAGGAGAACUAUUUAAGCUGCAACUUUCAACAAAGUAUUUCAUACC